UGUAUUUUGUUUUUGUUGUUAUCUCGCGUCUAUUGCUAUCGUUAGCAUUAUUAUCGUUCGCUUUGGUGACACCACCACUAUGUAUCAAUAUUUUGCUCAACUACACUUGCUGGCUGUGCAAAGUUGCGUUGCUCGCUCAUUCUUGUCUUGAACGUCAAGGCGAGCGCACACAGUAGCUAAACUUUUACCUAGUUCGAGCAGUGCGUACGAGUAUCGGUAAUUGAGGUGGACUAAUUGGCACUAACUACUGGCGUAAUACCGGUGGCAGUCCACCAUUAGCCACUUUUAACUUGUAUUAACAAGCUAAAAAGCCUCAAAAGGCAACGAUAACAACAGCGUGGUCACCCCAUUUUAGCAAACUCGAUUGUGUAGCCGAAAGUUGAGUGACCAACAACCAGCAUUAAGUGCUGAUUUCAACUCUUUUUUUUUUUUUUUGCGUAUCUCACCGCAGUAUUGUGUGGUGUGGCGUAAAAUUUACAAAAUUUGCAAAAAUACAUUUACCGCAUGUGCCGUUAUUUGAUUUACGGACGAGUACAAAGCAGGAGAAGAUUUUUGUGAGAUUUCUAAUUUUUCUCUUACUGUUGUCGUGGACGUGCUGAGGUGCGCUGCUGGCUGUCAGUGGUGCUGACAAAGUGGCUUUAUUCGCCGGAUUUAAACGGCUGUGAUGUUGUGCAAGCAAAUCGCGCAAGAAAAAAGUCUAACCAAACUGAAACAAAAUCGAAACGGAAUAAGACAGCAGUGAACAAUUCGUAUAGAAAAAACAAAACGUUUUCUUCUUCCAACAACAAAAAGAGUAACCUCGAGACUGUUCUACAAUAGGCCUGGGGGCCUGCGAGCAGGCAGACAGGGUGUAGUUAAAUAUAUUUGUAUUUUACUCACGGAUCUGAUCAACUAUAAAAACUCAUCACAACGUCCACCAAACUUCGUUUGAAACGAAUUAGAAAUCAACUAUCAAUAAAAGGAAAAUUAGUUUUUUGCAAUAAGAAUAAUUGAAAAAGAAUAUCCUUAUUUCGUCUAUCUUUACACACUUGAAAUUCCAUACUUGCAACUGUUGCGACUGUUACAGACCCCGCUGCAGCUAGCUAAUGAUUUACAGAGAAAAAAAUAUAUUAUUAACAAAUUUUAUUAUUGGCUAAGUUUAAAUUAAAAAGGACUAUUUAUGAAUAAUAUUGAACGUAUCGAUGUAAUCGUCUCAUCAGCACCAACAUCAUCAUCAUCAUCAUUAUCAUCGUCGUCAUCGUCAUCAUUAUCGACAUCCACAUCAACUACAUCUUCAUUGCCAUUCUCAAAACCAGUCAUAGCGAAACCAUUAAACGAGCUGGCUUCAUUAAACAUAAUCAGUUCGUCCGCAACGACGACAACGACUGCUACAAAAACUGUCACAGAAUCGUUUAAUACAUUUGCAUUGCCAUCAGCGCCUACAACUGUUGGUCAGGCUAAAAUUCAUUGUCACAAUUCAUCUCACAUUAUUGAUCAACAACAGUCUUUACAACCAAUUUUGAUUGCCUCACCAACGCCACCCCCAACACCACCACCAUCCAUAAUCGAUUCAUACUCAUCGUCAGCCUCUUCGUCACCUUGCUCAUCAACCACUUCCACAUCCUUUCCCCAAUCGUCCAUUGAAAAGUUCAAGAAUCAAGAGACACAAACCCAACUGACCCUCACAAAUUCCCUACUGCUCUCCUCCACAGCAUCCGUCGUUGCCGCUGCAAUCAAAAACCAGUCCCUCGUACGCUCUGUGACCGCCACUAGCAUAAUGGAUAUGCCCUUCAACACAUCACCCUCCCUCCGCGUGCGUACCACUUCGCUAAAUCAACUCAAGAAAACUGCAGAUCUUGCCAUUGAGAAUGAGCUACAUGUUUGUCCGAGCGUCAUGUCUGAUGAACUGCGCAAAUUGCUGCCGCCUACCUCUGAAACGGUAAUGACUAAACCAUUUCCGGUGCGCGGUGAACGCGCCAUAACGGAUGUAACUACCCCUCAUGUAAUCGCUAUGGUUGGUUUGCCGGCACGUGGAAAAACUUUCAUCUCGAAAAAGCUCGCUCGUUACUUAAAUUGGAUUGGCAUAUCGACACGCGUCUUCAAUUUGGGCGAAUACCGUCGUUGUGCAACCACCGCCUACAAGUCGCAUGAGUUUUUCCGCGCCGAUAAUGAAGAGGCAAUGGCUAUACGAAAUCGUUGUGCAAACCAGGCGCUACAUGAUUCUUGCGAAUGGCUGCUGAGCGGCUUAGGAAGUGUCGCCGUCUUCGAUGCGACAAACUCGACGACCGAUCGACGUCAACUGAUCUACGAUACUGUCGUGAAGCAACAUAAUUUCCGUUUAUUCUUUGUCGAAUCAAUCUGUGACGAUCCAACUAUAAUUGAACAAAAUAUUAAGGAGGUGAAGGUGAGCUCUCCGGAUUACAUCAAUAUGAAUACGGAUCUUGUGGUACGAGACUUUUUGCAACGCAUAGAGCACUACGAGGAGCGCUACCAACCGAUUGACGAAGAGACCGAAUCCCAUCUGAGCUUCUUAAAGAUUUACAAUGCAGGCAAGAAAACUGUGGUGUACAACAAUGAGGGUCAUGUGGAAUCGAGAAUUGUUUACUACUUAAUGAAUACGCACAUAACACCUCGCACUAUAUACUUGACGCGUCACGGCGAAAGUGAGCAUAACUUGAAGGGACUUAUUGGAGGCGAUUCGAACCUCAGCGAACGCGGUCGUCAAUACGCCAAAGCAUUGUCUUCGUACAUCGAGCAGCAGCACAUUGAUGGAUUGCGUGUUUGGACUUCAUGGAUGAAACGUGCCAUACAGACAGUGGCGGAUGUGAAAGCGCCACAAGAGCGUUGGAAAGCGCUAAAUGAAAUUGACGCAGGUCAUUGUGAAGAGAUGACCUAUGAACAGAUUAAGGAGAAAUUCCCCGAGGAGUUUAAGGCACGUGAUAUAAAUAAGUUCGCAUACCGUUAUCCACGCGGAGAGAGCUAUGAAGAUUUGGUAGCACGUCUUGAGCCGGUCAUAAUGGAAUUAGAACGUCAAGGUAAUGUGUUGGUAGUGUCACAUCAAGCUGUUUUGCGUUGUUUGUUUGCCUACUUCCUGGACAAAUCCGCUGACGAGUUGCCAUAUUUAUUUGUACCACUCCAUACGGUUAUCAAAUUGACACCGGUAGCUUAUGGCUGCAAAGUGGAGCACAUAAAACUACCAAUCGAUGCGGUCGAUACACAUCGUCCGAAACCGAAAAUACCCGGCGAUGUGUCGCUGGGUCUGGACGGAUUGAGUGGCGAAUUGGUGGCACCCGAUGGUGUGGGUAAGGUUUUGAUUGUGGGCGAUGAUGUCAACGCGGCGAAUGGCAGUAACAGAGCUCUGGGCAACGGAUUAGCGGUGGUCAAGGAGGGUGUGGCUGUUGGCUCGAAUGAACCGGUCACCAGCAGCACCACAGCCCACCUAUGACGACACCUCCAGCCAAGCACUCCACUCAAACGAGGUCUGCUAGCAAACCUUCAAAGGGUUAAUACAUUAUAAGUUAGCACACAGAAUAAAUAUGCACACACACACGCAACCACACCAACACACAUACACUUACACUAGAAAUGUAUAUGUACUUAGCAUACGAACUGAAUUUAUAUUGAUUGAUAAUAAUAAUAAUGAUGAUGAUGAUAUGAGUUAAUUGAAAUUUGUAAAUUGUUAGUUGACGGUGAUUUUGCACAAUAUUACAAAUCAUAUUUGACCAUAUGCAUACAUAUGUAUACAUGAGGUUUUAUUAAUGACACGAAAGUUUACUAUUUGCAACUUGGAUAUGACUGGAAACGAUUUUGUAAUAAAUACUUACUAUAGUUUGAGCUGAAUGCCAAUUUACCUAUUAUAUAUAUAUAUAUAUAUAUACUAUACUAUAUAUAUAUAAUAUAACAAUGUAAUUAUGUACUUAUGUAUGUAUGUAUGUAUGUAUGUAUGCGGUAGUAUGCAUUUUUCGCGGAGAAACUUUUUUCGUCUAUUUUACAAGCUAUAUACACACAUAUAAAUAAUAAAAACAACAACUAUAUACACACAUAUUUUAACUAAUAAAUAUAUAUUAGCACGCUCAUAAUAUUAUGUAAAGCGUUCGUAAAAAAUAAGCUUAAUUAUUAAAUGCAAAUUUACAUUUUCGUUUUUUACAUACAUACACAUAUAUAGGUAAACUUUUGCUAACAAUUAUUUCGUAUAAGCUUGUCUUUUUAUUUAUUAUUAAAAGGUAUAAAAUUUUUAUUCAACCAAAUUAUCUAUCUAAAAUUUGCAGAGGUAAGAAGACUUUGGGCUGAAACUAUUUGGUAGUAGUAAACAGCAAUAUAUAAACAUUCAUAGACAGAAAUAUAUGUAAAAAAAAAAAAAUAAUUUGUUGUAACUUAAUGCAAACUAAAAUUAACUAUGUAAGAGUAAGCCUUUUUGUCAUUAAUUUAAAAGCAACACUUAAUGUACUGAAUCCCAAAUAAACUAUCUUGUGAUGAGGA